CAUAUUUCACUCCUUCCUCCCCAUUUUCCAUCUUGCCUUGCAACCUUAUCCAAGCUCUACUUCAUAUUGUGCAUUUCUCUCUACAUAUGCCUUUCAUAUGGAUGGGAAUUUGCUUUGCACAAAGAGCAUUUAUCACAUUUAAAAUAUAGAACAAAACGAUUAAUUUAAAGUGUCCUUUCAAGUUCAUUUGAAGGUUUGUGCUUCUGUCUCUCCUUGUUUCUUUAGUGGAGUAGACUGACGUAAUUUGGAAAGAAACUCGGCCAGUCUUUCUUCACGAGCCCAUUGCUGCCCAUUAGUGGAGUUAGCUGCUGCCUUGAAACACUGAAGGGACUUCUUUUUUCAUUUCUAUUUUUUUUCAAGGAAUCUUUCUCUCCCAAAACAAUUUCCAACAACAUGACCUCUAAUUCCAAUUUAUCCAACAUGCGACGGCUGGUGGAACAACUGAAGCUCGAGGCCAGCGUGGAAAGAAUCAAGGUGUCCCAGGCGGCUGCAGAGCUCCAGCAGUACUGUCUGCAUAACGCAGGCAAAGAUGCCCUGCUGGUCGGAGUCCCCACAGGCAGCAACCCCUUCAGAGAACCACGUUCCUGCGCUGUAGUGUGAAGGGGAAGAAGAAAUGGACACAACUGUGGCAUCUCACUCACAGAAGAAAGAACAUUUCAUUUUGCUUUUAACCUUUUUUAAGAUUUUCAUUUCUUGUUUUCGAAGAAUGCAUGUCCUGUUUUACAACAUUAUUAUAUAGCCAAAUAUAUUUGCUUUUUUUAACAUUAAAGGGCUUCACAUAAACCUGCUUAAUGCUGGUCUUUAUUUAAAUACAGUUUGAAAGCUAAUGCUGUUUAAAUGUAAUUGCUCUAAUAUUGGCGCAGUCAUAAAGUGAUAAACUAUGGAUUGUAUAAAGCGGAUGUUUAUAGCCGGGCUCUAAAUUACGCCUUGGAAUCUCACGGCGUUGAAGCUUCCUGAUGUUUAGUCCAAGUUAGGAGCACAGCCACAGAGAGGAAACUGGGCCUUCCUGUUCAAAACUGCAAAGACAUUCAACAGAGAGUCAUACUUUGCUCCGCCUUUGUGCUUUUAAAGAUUUUAGAAUUUAUUUAGAAGCUCAAGGCUAUGCUGGAUUCAAAAUAAAACAUGAAUCAUUGUGUGGAAA